GCUGGGAGGCUGCGGGCGGUGCUGAAGGGACAGAUCCCGCGGCGGGCGUCCGGCCGCGCCCCCCAUGGAGACCAUCUGGAUCUACCAGUUCCGCCUCAUCGUGGUCGGGGACUCCACGGUGGGCAAGUCGUGCCUCCUGCACCGCUUCACGCAAGGCCGCUUCCCCGGGCUGCGCUCCCCGGCCUGCGACCCCACGGUCGGCGUGGACUUCUUCUCGCGCCUGCUGGAGAUCGAGCCCGGCAAGAGGAUCAAGCUGCAGCUCUGGGACACGGCCGGGCAGGAGAGGUUCAGAUCCAUCACUCGCUCUUACUACCGCAACUCCGUGGGUGGCUUUGUCGUUUUCGACAUCACUAACCGAAGCUCGUUUGAACAUGUGAAGGAUUGGCUGGAGGAGGCCAGGAUGCAUGUGCAACCCUUCCGGAUUGUGUUUCUGCUCGUGGGACACAAGUGUGACUUAGCAGCCCAGCGCCAGGUGCCCAGAGAAGAAGCCGAGAGGCUGUCGGCAGCUUGUGGGAUAAAGUACAUUGAGACAUCGGCCAAGGAUGCCACCAAUGUGGAGGAAUCCUUCACCAUUCUCACCAGAGAGAUCUACGAACUCAUCAAACGGGGAGAGAUUUGUAUCCAGGAUGGCUGGGAAGGAGUCAAGAGUGGCUUCGUGCCCAACACCGUGCACUCCUCCGAGGAGGCUGUGCAGCCCCGAACGGAGUGUUUCUGCUGAGUGCUGGGUCCUCCAGCUCAGGUUGGGGUACUGGUUGCCAUCCCUGGGGCAUCAGGGAGCUGAGGGAGGGUCCUAGCAAAAGGGUUUACCUGGAGAGAGCAGGC